GCGUCACGACCUCAUUCAUCCUCCCGCUGCUGCAAGUAGCUGUUCUAAUCUCUCCUGUAGCGUGUCUAUCAGCGGAGGUCCUCCUUCUCCUCCUCCCUCCUCCUGCCGCAAUCUCUCUCCUCUAUCUUUAGCUCUGUACCACACAGGCAGCGGCUUAAGUUGACGCUCCCAUCUUUAUUCGGGCCGGUUUGUGUCUCUCGGUCGUGUACGUCCAUCCGACCCACACAGAUGUGGGAAUGACACUCCGGAGCUUUUUUUAUCUGCUGUCCCGGACUUGAGAAGCGCAGUGAAGGAUGUUGUUUUCCCCGAGCCGGAGCGCACGGCGAGCCCGGGCCUCCCUCUUUCUGCCCGGGGUCUUGAUCUGCGUAAUCCUCGCCGCCGUCGGUGCGAGUAUGCCGGCAAGCAAGUGUCCUGAUCACAUAGAAUGUGCCAGUAAGGGGCGGCACUUCUGCACGCCUGGCUCCUCCCACUGUGGCCCCUGCCUCUCCCCACUGGUGGAAGACGAAGAAGGACAUUGUGUUGUUCACAGGACAACCCCUCACCACCACCACCACCACGGUGUUUCCACAGCCUCUCGUCCCGACGUUGAUGAAGAAAUCGACUUUCUGUCCUCUGUCAUUAAUAAGCAGCAAAUAUCAGAAGUCAAACCAGACUCUCAGUCACAGUCUCUUUCGCAAUCCCAGUCAGAAUCGAAGCAGAAGAGUCUGCACGAACCCACAACUGUUGAACCAACAACCAGCAGCCCAUCGACACCAACAUACCAGACCCCUAAACCUCCCCUGCCAGUCACAAACUCAUCCAACCGCCAUGGACCGAUCAUUUCUCCCACCUCUUCCGGAGACAGCCUGCUCGUCUUGAUGGUCUCUUUAUGCAUUAUUGUGGGAUCCAUGGCGCUCAUCAUCGCUGCUGUCUGCUGGGUCAGCAGGUUACAGAGAGAAACACAUCUGGCUGAGAAGGUUGAUUACCCUGCGUUUCAUGCUGCAGGCCCCAAUCAUAAUCAUGCUUCAUCUGGGGAUAAAACCCUGGCUCACAGUGCUCAGAUGUAUCACUACCAGCAUCAAAAGCAACAGAUGCUUUCAAUGGAAAAACAUAAAGCAGAACCUAAAGUCUCAGAGUCUGGGGCCACAUCAGAUGAGGAAAAUGAAGUGGGAGAUUUCACUGUGUACGAGUGCCCUGGACUGGCACCGACUGGAGAGAUGGAGGUGAAAAACCCACUGUUUGACGACUCCACCUUACACUCCCAGAGGAAUCACAAGUGACCUGGACGCACACACACAUACGUACACACACACACCUGCAUACUUUUAGAAUAGGUUUAACACACCUAAAAGCAUUCCUCCACAGAGUGAAGCUACAUGUUACACCACACACAAAUAUGACUCUGUUAAAAAAAAUGUGCUGACACCUAGACCCCUUAGAACAAAGUGAGAAAAACACCCCAACUGUACAGAUACUGAAUGUAGUCAAUCAGGUAAAUAAAAGUAAAAGACAGCAGUGGUUAAAAGGUUUUUCUUUUACUCAGAUGCACAUGCACCGAAUGUGAAAGAACUCUUGCACCGCAAAACCUCAGUGAAAACUCAGACCGGCUUUUAAAUGCGGUUUCUUUACACCACAGCUUUAUUCUUCAGGUCUGGGGUUUGUUUUCUCUCACUACCUAGCUUUUUAUGUCACCUCCCUUUUAAAAUCAUUUCUUAAGGGUCGUGUCAGGAAUCUUUAUAAGCAUCUUUUUCAGCUAAAUGUCAUUUUUAACCAGACUUCAAGUUUUUUGGGCAAAGCUGCCUCUGGAAGCACCUUUUCUGUUUGUUGUGUAUACGAAAUACAGUUAUCUCUCACACA